AUGAGUAUAAACUCGGACGAAUUCUUUGGGCCGCUUCUUGUCGAACAAGCAGCGUAUGCGAUUCGAAAGAACGUCGGCUCUAAAGAUGACCAAUUAGAGAUAUCUAUAAAAGCGUUGACAUAUUUGAAAGCGAUAGAUAUGAUGAACUGUCCCACGAGUGAACUAUUUAUGCACAUGAUUUCGUCGGCUGGUUUGAUUGACGAAAAGGCGGUGUCGGCGUCGCGGGAUAGGUUUAGACAAGAUAAUAGCAGCGUCAAUGAUUUGGAAAUAGAGAGGAAAGUGGUAGCACAUGAGUAUACGCAGGCGAUUACUAUAAUGGAGGCGAAACAUGACGACAAGCAGAUUGAGAGGUUGGUGAAGACAUUGAUUUUGGCGCAAAAAUGGAAAAUUCUCCGAGAAUUAGAGAAGCGUUUGAAAUCCAACCAACUUGUGGUGACUGACAAGACUUGGAACUUACAAGGACCGGUAAAAGAUCAAACCACGGUUCUUUUGCUCUUCUGCGGAGCGUACUUCUUAGAAGGUAAGUACCUCGAAUGUUUUAAACAGUUCGUGCUUGUUCAACAAGAAACUCCGAAAAUUGUAAAUCUGCUAGCCAAUGGGUCCUUUUCAACUUUUUUCACAAGCAUGGAGCUUGUUUAUAUGGUUUCCCUAUCAAUAAUCGUCUAUUUGCCCUUUGAGAAAUUAGAGACGUUUUUGCAGCUCGAAGAUAUGCAGUAUUUUCUCAAUAUGGCGGAUGUUUUGAAGACCAGCCUUAAUUUGUUAGCUGCGACGAACUUUAAGGAGUUUCUGACGCUAUGGAACGAUGAAAUUCAGAAAGUUUGCCGAGACAGCUUCUUUUUGAGUAAACAGUGGGCCAAUCUGACGAAAACAGCUCAUCACAAGAUUAUCUUUUUCUACCUUCGUAUAUGCAACGUCGUGGAGGUUAGUUAUCUUUCGUCAAUUUUAGGUUUGGAUUUUGAAGAUGUUACCAGCCAUGUCUCUCAACUAAUUUCGGAUGCUAAUUUAAAUUUUGUUGUCAAAGAAGGGCUCGUCAUGUAUCGCGGGGCUAUGCAAAUGAGAGAACUACAAGCUGGUCUUGUAAAAUCGGGCCUACAAUUAGCGUCAAAAAUGGAAAUUCUGAAAGCACGAAACCAGCAAGUGCGUGAGAUCAUCCAGCUGAAUAUUAUAAGCAAUGACCAGAACAAGAAACUGUCCGAAAAUAAUGAGGCUAUGUCACUAAAAGAAGCUAAUGAUAGCGACGAUAACGUGUAG